UCACAUGACAGUCAGCACCUUGGACAGCAGCCUCUGCCAAUGAGCUGCCUACUAUGGAGCUGCUCUCUCAUCUCCUCAGCUGCUCACGGAUAUUUUUCAUGGCAAACCGCGGUCUGAUACUUCGCACAUAAAGAAGUUUGUAUGUAAGCCGGUGUGAAUGAAAUCCAGCUUGAGCAUCUCCGAGGUUUACGGGGAUGAAGGCGAUCACCUGGGCCGGACUCAUCGCAGCUGCAGCCUCCCAUAUGAAGUGGCAUUUUAUUGUCCUGUGAUUCCUAAAGGCCUUGGUAUUUUUGUGAAGAUGUAGACAGCUCAGUGGUUUUUAAAACCCGGAAUGGACAGUGUGCUCUGGGCUCAUUCUGAGUUUGCAGGAAUCCAUAUCUGGCAUCCUUUCCCUCUUCCUGAUCUGUGGCGCAGAGAUGGUUGGAAAAAGAAGAGAACUGACAUUUGCAAGUUAGAUCCCAAAUGUAUUUUUAAUGCUCGUCGGGUUUUAUUUUUUCGUGUCCAUCCCUAUAGGUGCUACACUGCUGGGUUGCAACUUUGCAUUUGGGUUGUCAGACCUGCUUUGAGGCGGACGGUGUGGGACGAAACCCACCCGAUUUAUCAACCAAAAAAUAGGCUACAGAGAAGAACAGACGAGGGGGACAGUGGGGAACUGAUGGAUACCACUGCGAGACAACAAAGGAUACCAUGCGUGUCAUCUCGUGUAAUUUCAUCCCCCCUGUAGGUAAAUGAGAAACUCAAACAUAAAUCGGAUUGGAGUUGUUAAUAGGAUUUAAUAUCACCCCCUCAGACACCCUCGCUGCUUCCCUGCCUGAAGAGGGGAACAUUUUCACACAAACCUUGGACAGGUCUCGCUGUUUUACAACAUCAAGAAGACCCUUUUGAACUGUGGGAUACUAAUAACAACUAGAUUGGAAAUGUAGGCAUGAGAGGAUGCUGUUGGACCCCUCUGACUUUAAUGUUGGUGCCUCACAGUUCGUGGCUUUCAGCCUCCAUUGAAUCCCGAAAGAAAACGCCUCUAUCCAUGAAAAAUAAUCCUUCCCUAUUGGCUGGAUCGCGGUGCACAUGCUAUAACAACAGGAUAUGCAAAGAGCUAUGGGCUGAUCUAAUAGCCUAUCAUGUUUUUUGCAUGCUUUUUUGACCGACAUCUCUCUUUUAAUUAAUAGGAUGUGAUCAUUAUAGGCGUAUAAUAAUAAUAAUAAUAAUAAUAAUAAUAAUAAUAAUAAUAAUAAUAAUAACAUUUCAAAUGGGCCUGCCUCCAAAGUUAAAAAGCUGAAGGCUGUUUUGCUCCACAAAGCAGUUUUUCUGUAGUAAAGCUGUUGAAGAAUGUUUAAGUAUCGGAUCCGGAUGUUUUUUAAUGAACUCAAAGUGUUGCUACUGAUGCGCUCUGGAUCCAGCAGAAGGACUGACACCGGUACAGACCCGGGCACCCAGACCAGGAUGAGGGGUCUGGGGAUAGGAGACUGUGGUUGGCCUCCGUUGAACUGUUCCCGUCGGGAUGAUGAGGAGGAAUAUUUCGGUAGUGACCCACGGCCACGCAGCCUGGCAUUUGAGGAUAAAGAAGCCAAACCCCAGGGAGGCCUGGAUGCUGCUUCCCUCCCGAGUCUCUCAGAGAGCGGGACGCGCUCACCGCAGUGCCGGAUCUGUUUCCAGGGGCCAGAGAAGGGAGAGCUGUUGAGCCCCUGUCGCUGUGAUGGCUCAGUGCGCUGUACUCACCAGUCCUGCCUUAUCCGCUGGAUCAGUGAGAGAGGCUCCUGGAGCUGUGAGCUCUGCUACUUCAAGUAUCAGGUCUUGGCCAUCAGCACCAAAAACCCACUGCAGUGGCAGGCCAUUUCUCUGACUGUGAUUGAGAAGGUGCAGAUUGCAGCCAUUAUCCUGGGCUCUUUGUUCCUCAUCGCCAGUAUAUCCUGGUUAGUUUGGUCGUCUCUCAGCCCCUCAGCCAAAUGGCAGCGACAGGACCUUCUCUUCCAGAUAUGCUAUGGCAUGUACGGCUUCAUGGACAUCGUAUGUAUAGGACUCAUAAUCCAUGAAGGAUCGUCUGUUUACCGGAUCUUUAAGCGCUGGCAGGCAGUCAACCAGCAGUGGAAAGUGCUGAAUUAUGAGAAAGCAAAAGACUUAGGUGACCCCAUCAGCUCCAGCAGUAAGGCCACCGGUCGCACUGAGAGGAUCCCUUCUCACACUGCGGGCGAACGAAGGACGAGUCGUCACGUCAGGACUAUUCUCAACCACCACUGUGGCUACACAAUUUUGCACAUCCUCAGCCAGUUGAGGCCCAACAAUCUGCACAGGACCAAUCAUGAGGUGGUCAUGAGGGUGACCACAGUAUGAGGCUGGGUUAUAAAGACAAAAGUACUCCAAUGUUUAGGGAGUCAUAAAUCUCAAAAGUGGUGAUUGGGUUUAAUACAAAAGAAUCUUAAUCUGCCACAAAAACACUGCCGUGACUUUAUAGUAUCAUGUUUUGCUCAGAGAUUUUCUCUGAGCCAAAAGUUAAACCUUCAAUGUUUAACAAAUACUAUGGAAGCAGAAAUACUUUUCUUUAGAAUUUUUAAAGACAGAUGAAGAAACACAAGAAAAAAAAAAACACUUGGAAAAAGAAGCUUUGGUUCUUAAUACUAUUACACAUUUUUAUCACAUCGCCCAAUGUUAUACAAUUGUUUCUCUUGGGUUUUUGUUUUUCUAUUAAAAUUCCUCUAUUACAGAGGUUUUAAUGGUGAAAAUGAUUGUGCUCUCAUUCAUGUGAUCCCAUAAGGGUGGCUGACCCCUCCUUAUUUAUUCCACUUAUUCCACUGAAGGUAAAUAAUGAGGUAUUUGAUCUGUUUUCACUUGAGCCAUAAUCAUUUAUCAU